CACGUCGACGUCCGCACGCCGAGGCGGAGCCUGGCGAGCACGCGUGGAGCGUGGGUUCGCGUUCCGUCGCGGGUCUCCUGCGCCGGUGGCGUGCAGUUCCCGGAGAACCGAUAAGCUGCGGAAGCCGCGAAAGCUGCGGGCCGCCGAUCGCCCGCCUUGGCUCCGUGCCUGCGCGCGCCCGAGAGCGGGCCGGGCCCACCAUGGCCCACCGCUGCCUGCUGCUGUGGAGCCGGGGCGGCUGCCGUCGCGGCCUUCCUCCCCUGCUCGUGCCCAGCGGCUGCCUGGGUCCCGGCCGGCGGCCCUGCCUCCGUACGCUCUAUCAGUAUGCUACUGUCCAGACAGCAAGCAGCAGGCGUUCUCUGCUGAGGGAUGUAAUUGCUGCUUAUCAAAGAUUCUGUUCUCGACCUCCCAAAGGAUUUGAAAAGUACUUUCCUAACGGGAAAAAUGGAAAAAAGGCCAGUGAACCUAAGGAAGCUGUUGGAGAAAAAAAAGGUAGUUUAAGAAGAAGGUUGAGUUCGCUAUUUUCCUUUACUGUUUCUAUCAGAGAGUCACCAGCAGUUGGCUGCAUAACUGUAGUUAUACACAGCCAGAGUUCAGUGGGCCCCGUGGACAGACUAGAAGUUGUCAACAAGCGUUUCGUACGUGUGACCUUUACACCAGGAAAAACUCCGGUUGAUGGGCAAUACGUCUGGUUUAAUAUUGGCAGUGUUGACACAUUUGAGCGGAAUCUGGAGACUUUGCAGCAAGAAUUGGGCAUAGAAGGGGAGAACCGGGUCCCUGUGGUUUACAUUGCUGAGAGCGAUGGCUCCUUCCUGCUGAGCAUGUUGCCCACCGUACUCAUUAUCGCUUUUCUACUCUACACCAUAAGAAGAGGGCCCGCUGGCAUUGGUCGGACCGGCCGGGGAAUGGGUGGACUCUUCAGCGUUGGGGAAACCACAGCCAAGGUCUUAAAGGAUGAGAUAGAUGUGAAGUUUAAAGAUGUGGCUGGCUGUGAGGAGGCCAAGCUAGAAAUAAUGGAAUUUGUGAAUUUCUUGAAAAACCCAAAGCAAUAUCAAGACCUAGGAGCAAAAAUCCCAAAGGGUGCCAUUCUCACCGGUCCCCCAGGUACUGGGAAGACGCUGCUAGCUAAGGCCACAGCUGGAGAAGCCAAUGUCCCCUUUAUCACUGUGAGCGGAUCUGAAUUUCUGGAGAUGUUUGUUGGCGUUGGUCCAGCCAGAGUCCGAGACUUAUUUGCCCUUGCUCGGAAGAAUGCGCCUUGCAUUCUCUUCAUUGAUGAGAUUGAUGCUGUGGGAAGGAAGCGCGGCAGAGGCAACUUCGGUGGGCAGAGCGAGCAGGAGAACACACUCAACCAGCUGCUUGUGGAGAUGGACGGCUUCAACACAACCACCAAUGUGGUCAUCCUGGCAGGCACAAAUCGACCAGACAUCCUGGAUCCAGCUCUGUUGAGACCAGGCCGCUUUGACAGGCAGAUUUUUAUUGGACCCCCAGACAUAAAAGGACGAGCCUCAAUCUUCAAAGUUCACCUUCGACCAUUGAAGCUGGACAGUGCCUUGGAAAAAGAUAAAUUGGCCAGAAAACUGGCGUCCUUAACUCCAGGGUUUUCAGGCGCUGAUGUUGCCAAUGUCUGCAAUGAAGCCGCUUUGAUUGCUGCAAGACACCUUUCAGAUGCCAUUAAUGAGAAGCACUUCGAACAAGCGAUUGAGCGAGUGAUUGGAGGCUUGGAGAAAAAAACCCAAGUUCUGCAGCCUGAGGAGAAGAAGACGGUGGCUUACCACGAAGCAGGCCACGCGGUCGCUGGCUGGUAUCUGGAGCAUGCAGACCCACUCUUAAAGGUCUCCAUCAUCCCGCGUGGCAAGGGGCUGGGCUAUGCUCAGUACUUGCCCAAGGAGCAGUAUCUGUACACAAAGGAGCAGCUGCUGGACAGGAUGUGCAUGACUCUGGGCGGCCGUGUCUCUGAGGAGAUCUUCUUCGGGAGAAUUACAACCGGUGCCCAGGACGACUUGAGGAAGGUUACCCAGAGUGCCUAUGCCCAGAUUGUUCAGUUUGGCAUGAACGAGAAAGUGGGGCAGAUCUCCUUUGACCUCCCACGACAGGGGGACAUGGUGUUAGAGAAGCCUUACAGUGAGGCCACUGCACGGAUGAUAGACGAUGAAGUGAGGAUACUCAUCAGCGAUGCCUACAGAAGGACGGUGGCUCUUCUCACAGAGAAGAAGGCUGACGUGGAGAAGGUCGCUCUCUUACUGUUAGAAAAGGAAGUCCUAGACAAGAAUGACAUGGUUCAGCUUCUCGGUCCCAGACCAUUUACAGAAAAGUCCACAUAUGAAGAAUUUGUGGAAGGCACUGGCAGCUUAGACGAGGACACUUCUCUUCCUGAAGGCCUUAAAGAUUGGAACAAGGAGCGGGAGAAGGAGGAGAAGAAGGAGAAGGAGAAGGAGAAGGAGGAGCCGCUGAAUGAGAAGGUUGUCAGCUAGGCUGGGGGCUGCAGGCCCCUUUGCUUUGUCCUCCCAGGGCUUCAGUCUGAACAAGGGCCCUGCUGCAGAACCAGCAGCCGAGUCAGCCAGAGUCAGCCAGGCGGAGAAGAUGGUCUCCAUUACAGCUGAGGGCAGCAGCAACUGCAGCAACUGCCCAGGGCUGGGAAGGAGACUUCCUCAGCCUCGCCCUCACGAACAGUGGCUGGAACAGGAGAGACAGCACCAUCUGCUGAGGCCUGUCCCGGGGGAGACUUUUCCUACCACCCUCUCUUCAUUCCUCCUGUGACAUCUCUGCAGACGUACUGUGAAAUUCAGUUGGAGUCCUAAUAAGAAUAUUUUGAUUCAACCAAAUAUUUUCAAAUUUGAAUUCAGAUCACUUGUUGCUGUUUUAAUGGAAUGGUUUUCUAUAGAGAACUGUACCAUAUUUAAAAACAUGAAUGUAUUAUGUAAAUAUGGAGUCUUUAUAUCAGAAAUAAAGGUGGACAUUGCACUUUUUUCCUGAGCAUAUGAAGGGUUGCCAUGCUGUGCUUAUGUAGAAAACAUAAUGUCAAGGAGUUAAGUGUGCUUUGUCUUGGAGAUGGACUCCUCAAAAGCUCACCUUGCUGGUCUCAUCAGCUCCCACAGAAACCCGCAGCCUUCCAGAUUCAUGCCCCGACCAGUACUGUUGGAUCCAGGAGCCAGUCAUCGGGAGCAGCUGUGGUAACUGCAUCAGCUAGGUUCCCCCUGAGCUGUCACGACUAAGUGGACAUUGUGCCAUCUAGGCUACACUGCCCUGAACCAUCCGAGUUCAGAGAGGCGAUGGUGGGUCAGGGUGUGUGCUGGAGGUGUGCUGGGAACUGUUGCUCUUGUCGGUCACCAGGAGAGGGUUACACGGAUGGCACAGUGACGAUUGACUCAUCUUCAAAUGAGAUUUUGAGCUUCGAGGUAAUAGCUAAUUUUGUUUUGUUUUUGGGUU